CGUGUUCACAAUGCCAUGACGUCACUCACGCGUUCCUUGUUACUAUUUCUUAGUUGGAAACUAAACAUGUGAUCUAAAAAUUGCAACCGAUUCCCUAUGAAGAUAAUUGGCAAGACAGUAGGUCGUCAGUUACUGUUAAAACAGGUUUUCGGGAAAGAUGCGCCGAGAGCUAUCGCGCCAUACAUCGAAGUAUCGGGAUUCGCAGCCUGCGUCUUUGCCAUCAUCACCCUUGUGGGCAGCAUCCUGUUGAUCUACACCAUUCUCAGGUCCAAGCCGCUGAGAUGUCACCACAGAAACUGCAUCUUCCUCGGGAUCCUGCUGGCCGACUUAGUGAUGGGCAUCUUAGCACUGCCUCUACUCGCGGCGUUGUACGCCAAACACGCGACCUGGAGCCACGGAUGCAUCGUCGCCGUCAUGGUCGUCCAGUAUAUCGCGGCGGCCUUUCCCUUCCUCACGCUGUGGGGGCUGGUCAUCCUCAACCUGGACCGCAUCGUCCGCCAGUUCGCGGGGAAGAACCCGGAUUCUCCCACUAAGGUCGGGAUCGCUAUGGGCGCGCUGCCGUGGCUUCUGCUGGUGCUGGUUGUGGUGCCCAUCUCGCUGGCCUACAACCCGCUAGCCGACGGGUGGUCGUGCAAGUACACGUAUGACACGGGAUACGAGAAGGCGCAGACCACGGUGUGCUGCUUCCUGCCUUCCCUGGUGCUGUUCGUCACCACGCUCUACAUCCUGCACGGAGUCUUCUUCAAGUCCCACGGGGGCGGAGGCAGAGGCCGGGACCAGGACCAGACGACGCUGCUCAUCCAGAAGGACUCCUCCGAGUUUUGCACAGGCUUCGUGCCCGUGAUCGUCACGUCUCUGGUGUCCAUGAUAAUGCUGCUGCCGUCGCACAUCGUGUACAGCAUCCCCAAAGCCCAAAUCACUACUUUCGAUAACCGCAGCCUCUUCCUGUUCGUGCAUCUGCUGGUGUGGGCGACCUCGGCCGUGUUUCCGUUCCUCCUGUUAACAGACGAGGAUAUCCGAGAAGAGGUAAAGAACACCCUCAGUUGUUUCAAGCGUCUGGGUGGCGGUGGCGGUGGCGGCGGCAGCAGAAAAGGCGGUGGUGGUAGCGGUUACGGUGGUAGUAGCCGUGGCGGUGGCGGUAGCGGUUACGGUGGUAGUAGCCAUGGCGGUGGUGGUAGCGCUUACGGUGGUGGUAGUGGUGGCGGUGGUGGUAGCGCUUACGGUGGCGGUAGCCGUGGCGGUGGUGGUAGCGCUUACGGUGGUGGUAGUGGUGGCGGUGGUGGUAGCGCUUACGGUGGCGGUAGCCGUGGCGGUGGUGGUAGCGCUUACGGUGGUGGUAGCCAUGGCGGUGGUGGUAGCGGUGGUGGUAGCCGUGGCGGUGGUGGUAGCGCUCACGGUGGUGGUAGUGCUUACGGUGGUGGUAGUGGUGGCGGUGGUGGUAGCGCUUACGGUGGCGGUAGCAGCCACAGUGGAAAAAGCACAGCUUCAUCCAAGAGAUACAAUUAAUGCACCUGGGGAAUAAUCCUCAUUGGAAAACACUGAUUAAUUGUAGUACAAAUAAAUUACUUUGUGAUGUA